GAGAGCCGGGCGGCGGGAGCUGGGGCUCGCCGGCUUGCUCCAGUUGGGCCGGUGGCUCUCGGGUUCCUGCGGUCGGGCUGCUGCCCGCGGUGACCCAGCGCGCAGACCAGUAAUUCCGGUAUCUGAGAUCUCAGCGGACCAAGUGUGGGGUGACAUGGCCCAGGGGAAUAAUUACACGCAGACCAGCAACGGGGUCGCAGACGAAUCACCCAACAUGCUGGUAUACAGAAAGAUGGAAGACGUCAUAGCACGCAUGCAAGAUGAAAAAAAUGGGAUCCCCAUUCGUACUGUCAAAAGCUUUCUUUCCAAGAUACCUAGCGUCUUCUCUGGGUCAGACAUUGUUCAGUGGUUAAUAAAGAACUUAACUAUAGAAGAUCCAGUGGAGGCACUCCAUUUGGGAACAUUAAUGGCUGCCCAUGGCUACUUCUUUCCAAUCUCGGAUCACGUCCUCACGCUCAAAGAUGAUGGCACCUUUUAUCGGUUUCAGACACCCUAUUUUUGGCCAUCAAAUUGUUGGGAGCCGGAAAACACGGACUAUGCGGUUUACCUCUGCAAGAGAACAAUGCAAAACAAGGCACGGCUGGAAUUAGCAGACUAUGAAGCCGAGAGCCUGGCCAGGCUGCAGAGAGCAUUUGCUCGGAAGUGGGAGUUCAUUUUCAUGCAAGCAGAAGCACAAGCAAAAGUGGACAAGAAGAGAGACAAGAUUGAAAGGAAGAUCCUUGAUAGCCAAGAGAGAGCGUUCUGGGACGUCCACAGGCCUGUGCCUGGAUGUGUAAAUACCACUGAAGUGGACAUUAAGAAGUCAUCCAGAAUGAGAAACCCACACAAAACACGGAAGUCUGUCUAUGGUUUACAAAAUGACAUUAGAAGUCACAGUCCUACCCACACACCCACACCAGAAACUAACCCUCCAACAGGAGAGGAGUUACAACAACAGAUUAAAUAUUGGCAAAUACAGUUAGAUAGACAUCGGUUAAAAAUGUCAAAAGUUGCUGAUAGUCUGUUAGGCUACACGGAACAAUAUUUAGAAUAUGACCCAUUUCUUGUGCCACCUGACCCUUCCAACCCAUGGCUGUCUGAUGAUACUACUUUCUGGGAACUUGAAGCAAGCAAAGAACCAAGCCAGCAGAGGGUAAAACGAUGGGGUUUUGGCAUGGAUGAAGCCCUGAAAGACCCAGUUGGGAGAGAACAGUUCCUUAAAUUUCUGGAGUCAGAAUUCAGCUCAGAAAAUUUAAGAUUCUGGCUCGCAGUGGAGGACCUGAAGAAAAGGCCUAUUAGAGAAGUCCCUUCCCGAGUUCAGGAAAUAUGGCAAGAAUUUCUGGCUCCAGGAGCCCCCAGUGCCAUUAACUUGGAUUCUAAGAGCUAUGACAAAACCACACAGAAUGUGAAGGAGCCUGGGCGAUACACAUUCGAAGAUGCUCAGGAGCACAUUUACAAAUUGAUGAAAAGUGAUUCAUACCCACGUUUUAUAAGAUCCAGUGCCUAUCAAGAGCUUCUACAGGCAAAGAAAAAGGGCAGAAACAUCCCUAUUUUCCCAUGCCAUAAAAACUGUACACCAACACUGAGAGCCAGCACUAACCUGUUAUGAAAAGAGUUUCCUUCAAGGAUCUUUGUGGCGGGGAAUGUUGAUCGGUUCUAUUUGUGAAUUGCCAGUUGUGACUCGGCACAGAGAAUUUGAAAGACUUUAAAAAGCAGUAUAUACUUUGAACAUUCAAUGUGAUUGCACAAAUGAAAGGGCUGGAAAAUGAAGGACUCCAGGAAUUAAUCACUCUAUAAACUUCACAAAAUUUUGGCUGGCUGUAUUGGAAUCUCUGACCUUUAAAAUAAAAUUUUCCUAAACAUGCCUCAUAAGUCACCAUGGGAAGAUAAAGACAAUAUUUAAAAAAAGCCUCAAGAUUUUGCUGGAGAAAGUAGACAUAGGCUGCAGUGAACUGCUCUGUGCAAUGUUUUAGUAUUGUUCCAAAUUCAUCCUUUCCUAACAUAAUGCUGAUGGCAUAGUUUUCUAAAGAUUGGAAUGGAAAUUUCUGUGAUCUAAUUAAAAAUAAGAACACAACAUAAGGAAGAUGAAAAAGGGAAGCAAAAUGGUUGUCUUUCCUCCAACACCAUCCCCAAUUCUGAUCAACUUCCCCAACUCUUAAAAUAGAACCACAUUGUCACACACGGCAAACCUUAAGAAAAGAUCAAUAGGAAAUAAGGGGAAGACGGGCUCAAUCAUCUGCUGCCUUCAGUCGAAAUUCAUACAGGAAAUGACAGCUAUAUUCCAGACAUUGUGCUAUGUCUCAGGAGUGUGGAGACGUAGAGACCUUAACUGCUAAGGAGCCUGAUGGUAUAAACAAGAAGUCGUGACACACAGGAGGAAGAUAAAUAUUUCUACUUGGUGUUGGGGUGGGGAGGGAGCAUCCAUAGGUAAUGUCAGAAUUCCCAGAGGAAGUUAUAUUUAACUGGACAUAUAGGAUUUCACUAGGAUAAGAAGGGCAACCAUCCUUUUAAGAAGGAGAGAAAAGGCUGGAAUUACUGAAGAAAGGGAAGUUGAGUCACUUUCAUACAUAUGCACAUAACAUACUAAAAAGUUGCAGAUAAUCCUCAGACAGAAUUGUUCAGGGUUACUCUUUUUCAUCCAGGAAAACCAAAAGUAGUAUUUUUCAUUGAAUAUUUUGUUUCUGUCGUACUCUAAAGAAAUGGAAUAAGGAAAUUAGAAAGACUGUCUGAUUUCCUCAAUAGAGUACAAGCAAUUAUAUUUAUUUUAUUAGUCAUGAGAAGUAAGUUUCUAUCCUGAAAAUU